GGAAGUUCCCGUGUUGUGGGGCUCCGCAGGUUCAGUUCUGGCGUCUUUCCUGCGCUUAGUUUCCAGCUGUCGGUGUUACCUCUGCCCAGGGUGCCAUGGGGGAGGCGGAAAAGUUUCACUACAUCUACAGUUGUGACCUGGACAUCAAUGUGCAGCUUAAAAUAGGAAGCUUGGAAGGCAAGAGAGAACAAAAGAGUUAUAAAGCUGUCCUAGAAGACCCAAUGUUGAAGUUUUCAGGGCUGUACCAAGACACAUGCUCUGACCUUUAUGUUACUUGUCAAGUUUUUGCAGAAGGAAAGCCUCUGGCCUUGCCAGUGAGAACAUCCUACAAGGCAUUUAGUACAAGAUGGAACUGGAAUGAAUGGCUAAAACUGCCUGUGAAAUACCCUGAUUUGCCCAGGAAUGCCCAAGUGGCCCUGACCAUAUGGGAUGUGUAUGGACCAGGAAAAGCUGUACCUGUAGGAGGAACAACGGUUUCACUCUUUGGAAAAUAUGGCAUGUUUCGCCAAGGGAUGCAUGACUUGAAAGUCUGGCCCAAUGUAGAAGCAGAUGGAUCAGAACCCACAAAAACUCCUGGCAGAACAAGUAGCACUCUCUCUGAAGAUCAGAUGAGCCGCCUUGCCAAGCUCACCAAAGCUCAUCGUCAAGGACACAUGGUGAAAGUAGAUUGGCUGGACAGACUGACAUUUAGAGAAAUAGAAAUGAUAAAUGAGAGUGAAAAGCGAAGUUCUAACUUCAUGUACUUGAUGGUUGAGUUUCGAUGUGUCAAGUGUGAUGAUAAGGAAUAUGGUAUUGUUUAUUAUGAAAAGGAUGGUGAUGAGUCAUCUCCAAUUUUAACAAGCUUUGAAUUAGUAAAAGUUCCUGACCCCCAGAUGUCUAUGGAGAACUUAGUUGAGAGCAAACAUCACAAGCUUGCCCGGAGUUUAAGAAGUGGACCUUCUGAUCACGAUCUCAAACCCAAUGCUGCCACAAGAGAUCAGUUAAAUAUUAUUGUGAGUUAUCCACCAACCAAGCAACUUACAUAUGAAGAACAAGAUCUUGUUUGGAAGUUUAGAUAUUAUCUUACUAAUCAGGAAAAAGCUUUGACAAAAUUCUUGAAAUGCGUUAAUUGGGAUCUACCUCAGGAGGCCAAACAGGCCUUGGAACUUCUGGGAAAAUGGAAGCCAAUGGAUGUUGAGGAUUCCUUGGAGCUGCUGUCAUCUCAUUAUACCAAUCCAACAGUGAGACGUUAUGCUGUUGCCCGGUUGCGACAGGCCGAUGAUGAGGAUUUGUUGAUGUACCUGUUGCAGCUGGUCCAGGCUCUCAAAUAUGAAAACUUUGAUGAUAUAAAGAAUGGGUUGGAACCUACGAAAAAGGAUAGUCAGAGUACAGUGUCAGAGAGUGUGUUAAAUUCUGGAAUAAACUCUGCUGAAAUAGAUAGCUCCCAAAUUAUAACCAGCUCUCUUCCUCCAGUGUCUUCUCCUCCUCCUACAUCUAAAACAAAAGAAGUUUCAGAUGGCGAAAAUCUGGAGCAAGAUCUCUGUACCUUCUUGAUAUCAAGAGCCUGCAAAAACUCAACGCUGGCUAAUUAUUUAUACUGGUAUGUGAUCGUAGAAUGUGAAGAUCAAGACACUCAGCAGAGAGAUCCAAAGACCCAUGAGAUGUACUUGAAUGUCAUGAGAAGAUUCAGCCAAGCAUUGCUGAAGGGUGACAAGUCUGUCCGAGUCAUGCGUUCUUUGCUGGCUGCACAGCAGACGUUUGUAGAUCGGUUGGUGCAUUUGAUGAAGGCUGUACAGCGUGAAAGUGGAAAUCGUAAGAAAAAGAAUGAGAGACUACAGGCAUUGCUUGGAGAUAAUGAAAAGAUGAAUUUGUCAGAUGUGGAACUUAUACCAUUGCCUUUAGAGCCCCAAGUGAAAAUUAGAGGAAUAAUUCCAGAAACAGCCACUCUAUUUAAGAGCGCCCUCAUGCCUGCCCAACUGUUUUUUAAGACAGAAGAUGGAGGCAAAUAUCCAGUUAUAUUUAAGCAUGGAGAUGAUUUACGCCAAGAUCAACUUAUCCUUCAAAUUAUUUCCCUCAUGGACAAGCUGUUACGAAAAGAAAAUCUGGAUUUGAAAUUGACACCGUAUAAGGUAUUAGCUACUAGUACAAAACAUGGAUUCAUGCAAUUCAUCCAGUCAGUUCCUGUUGCUGAAGUUCUUGAUACAGAGGGAAGCAUUCAGAACUUUUUUAGAAAAUAUGCACCAAGUGAGAACGGGCCAAAUGGGAUUAGUGCUGAGGUCAUGGACACUUAUGUUAAAAGCUGUGCUGGAUAUUGCGUGAUUACAUAUAUACUUGGAGUUGGAGACAGGCACCUGGAUAACCUUUUGCUAACAAAAACAGGUAAACUCUUCCACAUAGACUUUGGAUAUAUCUUGGGCCGAGAUCCAAAGCCUCUUCCUCCUCCAAUGAAGCUGAAUAAAGAAAUGGUGGAAGGAAUGGGGGGCACCCAAAGUGAACAGUACCAAGAAUUCCGGAAACAGUGUUACACGGCUUUUCUCCACCUUCGAAGGUAUUCUAAUCUGAUUUUGAACUUAUUUUCCUUGAUGGUUGAUGCAAACAUUCCAGAUAUUGCUCUUGAGCCAGAUAAAACUGUGAAAAAGGUUCAGGAUAAAUUCCGUUUAGAUCUGUCGGAUGAAGAGGCUGUGCAUUACAUGCAGAGUCUGAUUGAUGAAAGUGUCCAUGCUCUGUUUGCUGCAGUGGUGGAACAGAUUCACAAGUUUGCCCAGUACUGGAGAAAAUGAACCUGAGUUUGGUCCAUCAAGAUGCUUGGCUCAAUAAAAAAACCACUCAAGGAGCAACCUAUGGAUGUUGAAGACUUCAGAGUAAUCAGCAAGAAGGAGAAAACUCAGUCUUCAAGAUACCAUAUUUCCUAAAUGUUACAUGGUGUCUGAAUUCCAUUUUCUUGAUUAUCCCUCUUUAAGUGGUCUUGAAGGGUUUGUUUUGAAAUAUUGUAUAUAUUUAUUUUCAAAUGUAUACAUUGUUAAUAAGCUAAAAAAACAAGAUGCUUAUUCCAGAAUUAUGCACAUGAAAGUUCUGGAGGAAUUUUAUGUUGAAAUAGUAAAACAUUUUAAUCUUUGA